AUGUCACUCUUUCGUUUUCUUUCAACUAAAGUUGGUACUGGUCCAGGUUCAAUUGCUAAUGCUCAUACUGUAGCUACAACAUCAUCACAUGGAGCUGUUUCUGGUGGUUAUGAUUAUAGUCAUAGUCAUGGUCAUGAUUCGCAUGCUGCUCCAUGGGAAGGUGUUAAUCUUUGGCGUACACCAUAUAAAGGUGAUAUUGAUACAGUUACACAAGUAAAACGUACUAAAGGUGUACUUGAUCGAUAUGUUGAAAAUCGUGUUCGUCGUAUUCAACACUUACAAAUCGAUGCUUUACGUAAUAAAACUAUACCAACUUGGAUUAUGAUGCCACGAGAUAGACUUCUUCUUGCAGCUCAAGGUAUUAUAGUUGUUUAUGUUCUUUAUCAAGCAACUUCAACUGUAUACAAUCAUUUAAAAGCUAAAGAUCGUCUUAAACUCGCCAAAUUAUUUUACAAAGACAACGUUGAUUAA